AGGCACCUCUGGCUGGCAGCAGGACACUGGGAAGGCACGACGAUAAGGUUUUCCUAUUCCAGUUAGCCGGCUCCUGGGGGUUGUGAAAUUCUGGAUUUUCUGAAGUGUCAGAUUCCCCAGUUUGGCUGGACAGGGCCGGCCCGCGGGUCUGGACUGGAACCUCUGCAGGCAGCUCUAUAUAAAGGAGCCUGCAGCUGCAGGGAGAGCAGACAGCUGAGCUACCCUGAGCUACUCUGAGGCUCCUGACUGAGACUGUGUGCCGGAGAGCGCUGCGACGAUGAAGGUCUGUCUGGCGGUCCUGGUUCUGUGCUGGGCUGUGGGCGCCCAGGCCCAGUGGUACAUGUUCCCUGUUGAGGCCGCUCGAGGGGCGGGGGACAUGUGGUCCGCCUACGACGACAUGCGAGAGGCCAACUGGAAGAAUUCGGACAAGUACUUCCACGCGCGGGGCAACAGAGAUGCCGCGAGCCGAGGUCCCGGGGGCAAGUGGGCAGCUGAGGUCAUCAGCAAUGCCAGGGAGUGGUGGCAGGGCAGUGCCAGCGGCCGAGGGCACGAGGACACCGAAGCCGACCAGGAGGCCAACCGCUGGGGGCGCGACGGGGGGGACCUCAGUAAAUACAGACCCAAGGAUCUCCCCGAGAAAUACUGAGCCCCUUUCAGCACGCCGGCCAGCGAUCACGGUGGGCUGCCGAAGCCCUGCUGCUCUGCUGGCUAGAAACCUGCCUCUGGAAGAUGCUGUGAUCUCAUCAACACUCUCUCCAAAACAACCCCACCGCAAAUAAAUUAGAUGCGUGCUCCAG